AUGUCGGACUCAGACUCGCCCUAUCAUGAUUCCAAACAUAUUAGUGCUCUUGGGGUUUGGAAGGACAAUUUUUCCACAAUCUUGCAUCACAGGGGAUCCACAUUCCACAAACUAACUAUCGGCAGGAGCUAUAACACUUUUUUUCUAAAUUUAGAGGAAACUGUGUUUGCUCUCUUGAGGACCAACUUUCUCCUCCUAGACUACCACACCCGGAGUGUUGUUGGCCCUUAUGACAUUCUCAAUGACCUCUUUGACAAUUUUAGGCUCGCCGAUUUGCUGAAAAUUCAUGUUUACUUGGCCCUUCAGCGUCUUGGCAGGUCCCCUAGAUCUCUUCAGGAUUCUUUUCCUUCCACUCCUGCUGUUGACCCCGAUGUGUUCCAACUUCCUGAUUUUACUCCCAAUCACAAGCUUUUAGAACUACAUUCUCUUUUAGACUUUUUCAAGACCAGGAAACUCAACAAUCUUACUUAUAAGACUGAGUUUUUAUCCCCUGUGUUCUCUGUUGAUCACGUGGAUUGCUUUAUUACCAUGCCAGACUCCCCAGCUUCUAACAUUUUGGACUCUUUAAUCGAUUUAAGUAACAUUAUCGCAGUUUCUGAUUUAGAUUCUGUUUACUUUUUAACGCUUUCUCCUGUAAUUUUCUAA